AUGCCUCCCUCAACACCAAACUCAGCAGCACCACCGCUGCACGACGGUCCAUCAUCAGACCACUCAACCCCAGCAUCCUACCACCCGCACAACUCGCAUUCGCACCUUCCCGGCACCUCCACCCCAAACUCCUCAUCCUCAGUCGACCUGAACCAACUAUCCUCACACCCCAUAUAUACGGCUAUGUUUCCGGACCCGGAUCUACCAAUCGCAAACAUUUCUCGGAUUAUGAAACGCUCUCUACCCGAAAACGCUAAGAUCGCAAAAGAUGCUAAAGAGUGCGUUCAAGAUUGCGUCUCUGAACUUAUCUCCUUCAUUACCAGCGAAGCAAGUGAUAAGUGUGCAGCGGAAAAAAGAAAGACGAUCAACGGAGAUGAUAUCUUGUACGCUAUGCGAGUACUGGGCUUUGAUAAUUAUGAAGAGGUGUUAAGGGUUUAUUUGUCAAGAUACCGGAUGGAACAGGAGAAUAAUCCCAAGGCGAGAAAGAGAGGUGGUGCUGGUGCAGGUAGGGGGUCGAAAGGAGAUGAAGAGGAAGAUGAGGAGGAGGAGGGUGAGGAGGAGGAAGCUCAACCAAGUAAUGUCAACUCUGGGCUAAAUAGUCCUGCGAUACAUCAUCAGCAAUAG